CAAUUUCACCUCGAAGUUAUGGCCGGAAAAGUAAAAUGGGCGACAGACAUUGAGAAAUCAAUACUCUUAAAUAAUUUUGAAAAGAGAGGCUGGAUUCAGACUUCUGCUGAUGAAGACUGGAACUUCUACUGUGGUGGACACGCCUAACAUGCCAAAGAGAGGUGUUAUGGAUGUAAUGGGAGGUCAGGACCUCAAUACAAUAGCUAUCGCUAAAGAGGUAGUGCUGAGCAAACUUGUGGGCCUGAAGAUAGACAAGUCCCCUGGUCCUGAUGGAAUGAAACCCAGGGUACUGAAAGAAAUGGAUGAAGUUAUAGUAGAGGCUUUGGUGAUAAUUUACCAAAAUUCUCCGGAUUCUGGGCAGGUCCCGGCGGAUUAGAAGACGGUGAAUGUCACGCCACUAUUCAAAAAGGAAUGUAGGCAAAAGGCAAGUAACUAUAGGCCAGUUAGUUUAAUAUCUGUAGUUGGGAGAAAAUUUGAAGCUAUCAUUAAAGAAGAAAUAACAAGCCAUCUGGAAAGAAGUGGAUCCAUCAGGCAGACGCAGCAUGGAUUCAACAAAGGAUGAGUGUACAGACAAUUCGAAAUGUUUUCAGCAUUGAAAAUGGCUACCGUCUGAAUGAUGAUCAAAUUGUGAAUCAUUUUCCAAACCAUUAUGAGCUGACACGGAAGGACUUGAUGGUAAAGAAUAUCAAGCGCUAUCGCCGAGAGUUAGAAAGGGAAGCAAGCCCACUUGUGGAGAAGGACGAAAAUGGCAAAUAUGUUCAUUUAGAUUUUAUUCCAGUCACAUUCAUGCUGCCUGGCGAUUACAAUUUGUUUGUGGAGGAGUUCCGAAAGAACCCAACUAGCACUUGGAUAAUGAAACCAUGUGGAAAAGCUCAGGGAAAAGGAAUUUUUCUUAUCAAUAAACUUUCCCAGAUCAAGAAGUGGUCACGAGACAGUCGGACAACCACAUUUAUAUCUCCAGCUGGGAAAGAGGCAUAUGUCAUUUCAUUGUACAUAGACAAUCCACUACUGAUCGGUGGAAAGAAGUUUGAUUUACGCUUGUAUGUGUUGGUGACCUCCUAUCGACCACUUAAAUGUUACAUGUAUCGGCUAGGAUUUUGUCGGUUUUGUACAAUGAAGUACACACCAAGCACUAGUGAAUUGGAUAACAUGUUUGUGCAUCUUACAAAUGUGUCUGUACAAAAACUGGGAGGUGAUUAUAAUCCUAUACACGGUGGGAAAUGGUCAGUGAAUAACCUGAGGCUAUAUCUGGAGAGCACACAAGGAAAAGAUGUAACUGAUAAAGUCUUUGAUGAUAUUCACUGGAUUGUUGUUCACUCACUGAAAGCUGUGGCACCAGUAAUGAUUAAUGAUCGGCACUGCUUUGAAUGCUAUGGUUAUGACAUCAUCAUCGAUGACAAACUGAAACCUUGGCUCAUUGAGGUGAAUGCUUCACCUUCACUCUCUUCUACUACUACCAAUGACCGCAUUCUGAAGUACAACCUCAUCAAUGACACCUUAAACAUUGUUGUACCAAAUGGUGAAAUGCCGGACUGCAAGUGGAGCAGAUGCCCACCAAAGGAAACACUUGGAUACUAUGAGCUCUUAUAUGAUGAAGAGUUGGCACAAACUGAAGGCAUGGAAUAUGAAGGAAAACCACGGUUGGGACUUGCUUUGAAUAAAGGCAUUCGACAGAAAGAUACCAGGAAGCCCUUUUCAACUUGGAAAUAAACUAAACUGAUGCACAAAUAUUCAAAAUAAUGCUCUUAUUUAUCCUCACAUUCAUAUCGUACAAUGCCAUUCCAGUUACAGUAUUAAUGUCAUAAAAAGACAAUGCAUCCUUCCUGAAUACCAGACCAUCUGCCCACUCAAAUCUUGUGUAAAAGACUAUGCAAGCAUCAAAUUAUUUGUAAAUGUGCUAUAUCAUUAGCUUAGUGUAUUUUUUGUUUUUAAAAUGACAUAAGUGAGCAGGUGGCCUAUGAUGCUGCAAACCCUCAUCAGUGAAGUAACUAAUUAAGCCAACAUUGUAAAAUGUCAAAUCUGACAUGAAAUAAAUAUUCAGUUUGCAUGUGACAUGACAAUUACCCAGUCUUUUUUGAGGCUGGUAUAUUGACCCUUUCAAGGUAUGAUUGGUUGUUCCUACCAUAGUACCUUUUGUAAUGAAAACUAGAGGACUGAAGUUAUCUUAUAUGUAACUACUAUACUGGAGUUAGAGACUGAGGAAUUUAUUCAAAUUCUACUAAACCAUUGCUGGUAUUUUACAAGUUUUAAAAGAUUUCUUGGUAGCAACACUAAUGGCUUUGGUCUUUUACCCAUGACUACUGUUGAAAUCUACUAGGAUAUCAUGAAGAUGUCCGGAAUUGUGCUUUGAAUUUACAGUGUUUAUUUAUUUGCAACCAUAAUGUACCUCAUUAAAUACCGUGCCUGGUAAUGUUUUGUAUUCCUUAUACAACUAGGACGAUAGUUAUUAAAUUCUGGUCAAUUGUUUACAUUGCAAAUAGUUACUGAAUUGUGAAGUUGUUUUUCCAGCACUGAAUAUCACCCCUAUUUACCUACUAUACAUUAUUUGAAAGGAAAUUACACACAAUUGAGUAAACAGCUUUCACCGCCCCUUUCAGUUGACAUCACUUGGUCAUAUUCUCAGUCUGCACACAUCAGCCGUUGUUCAUUCCCCCUCUCACUUUCACAAUUUAAUAACGUUUUGAUUUCCAAAUUUUCUUUGUUUAGAUGAAAGAUAGUCAACCUGAAGUAGUUUCCAUUCUAAGGCCAUGACUUGCUGAGCGUUUACAGUGGAGGUUUAAUUACCCCUUAUCCAAAAAGCUUGGGGCUGGAAGUGUUUCAGAUUUUGGAGUGUAUUGAGAUAGCUUGGGAUCGCCAUCAUUUCUGACUGAAUUUGUGUGCUACCAGUAAACUGCCUUUGUCUUAAACUUGUUUUUACUUAAUAGUAAAAAGCAUUACAUACCAUUUAUAUAAUGAAAAUAUAAUGUAUGCAGGGUAACAAAAGCAGCACAGCAGCUGCGAAAGGAUACCUGAAUCAGUGUUGAACAACAAACAACAGCAGAC